AACCCCACUAUUACAAAAUAUGAGGUUCUUCACAAAUCUCUCCAUCUCCUCUAUCUUCUUCGUACUAAUUAGCUGCUCGACUCUCGCUGAAGCAGCUAGGUUUGACAUCACCAACAACUGCCCCUACACCGUGUGGGCCGCCGCCGUCCCGGGCGGCGGGCAGCAGCUCGACCGUGGCCAGUCAUGGCCCCUCGAAGUCAAGGCCGGCACGAAGGGCGCGCGGAUCUGGGCCCGCACCAACUGCAACUUUGACGGGGCCGGGAGGGGACGCUGCCAGACCGGCGACUGCGGCGGUGUGCUCCAGUGCCAGGCCUACAGGAAGACCCCGAACACUCUGGCCGAGUUUGCCCUGAACCAGUACAUGAACAUGGACUUCGUCGACAUGUCGCUCAUCGACGGUUUCAACGUCCCGAUGGAGUUCAGCUCGACCUCCGGCGGGUGCAACCAGGUGAUCAAGUGCACGGCCGACAUCAUAGGGCAGUGCCCGGCCGCGCUGAAGGUCCCGGGUGGGUGCAAUGGGCCGUGCCCGGUUUUCAAGACAAAUCAGUACUGUUGCAAUUCCGGCAGUUGCGGGCCCACCGAUUACUCCAGGUACUUCAAACAAAGGUGUCCGAAUGCUCGUAGUUACCCCAAGGAUGAUGCUACCAGUGUUUUCACCUGCCCUGGAGGGACAGAUUAUAAGGUUGUCUUCUGUCCUUGAAGACAUGACUGAUAAGCAGCUUCAUCCUUACACGAUGAGCGAAGUUCCAAGACAAAUAAAACCCGUUAUGUACCUUGUAACAGAUGCAUAA